AUGUCGACUAAAGAGGACGAGCGCUGCCGCCUUCUCGAGUUGCCUGGGAAACUCCGCAAUCGCAUUUACCGUGAUGCGCUCGUGCUCGGCCCAGGUCUCGAGAUCCCGGUCAAGGCUACGGGCUACAACACCGAGGGACUCAUGCGCACAUGCAAGACCAUCCGCAACGAGACCACAAGUCUCUUCUAUUGUGAGAAUCAUUUCGCAGUCGAAGUCUGGGACUAUGAUCCGACCGCGCUCAUUCGUUUCACCGCCAUCUUAUCUUCGCUCGGAUUUUCUUCGCUCGGAUCUGACAACGCUAAGAUGCACAUCGAAGGAGAUGUGAAGAGCAAAAAGCCUUCCUGGCCUAACUUUUUGCGCCUGCUGCAGGGUAUCCACGAGGAUAAAGUCAUUCGCAUUCCGAGCACACCGGCUGCGGGCUUGGAAAGGGGUGGGCAAUCUUUGGAGGAUAUGGUUGUAGCAGGACUGGUCGUGCUUGUGAUGCAAACGAGGGAUCUGUCGUGGACACGGGUUCGAGACCUGUUGAGAGAGCAGCGACCAGUGCUGGGUAGGAUCGAUGCAGCGUGGAUGGAGGAGGAUGUGUAG